AUGACACCCCGGUUUCACCUCGCCCUCCUCAUCGUUUUGUGCCCGUCUCACCUCAUCUCGUCCAUCCGUCGAGCGUCCGACAAUGACAACCCGCUCGCCGCAUACCUCGUCGCCGUCCGCCGCCCGGACGGUCUGGUUGGCGUCGACGAGCUGGAGGCGCUCGAGCAAUGGCACACGCAACUCCUCGAGCAGGUGUGCAACACUAGCGACCCGGCGACCGCGGAGCGGUUCCCGACGGCGGAGUCGCGCCUCAUCUACUCGUAUAGCCAUGUGGUGAGCGGGUUCUCGGCGUGGCUCACACGGAAGGAGGUCGAGGACAUGGCGAGGCUCCCCUGGUUCGUCGAGAUCAUCCCGGACAAGAGCUACAAGCUUAUGGCCGUCGACACGCCGGCUUCUUCGGAGCUUUCGUGUCUUGACAAUGUGAGGAAUGGCGUGUGGAGCGAGGGCAACAUGGGCGACGGUAUGAUCAUUGGCAUCCUUGACGCCGGCGUCGCCGCUGGCGACAUCACUGCCAGCUCCGAAGCCGAAGGGAUGCUGCCGCCUCCGGUCAAGUGGAAGGGCAGGUGUGACAACAACCAAGCAUGCAACAACAAGCUGAUUGGGUUCAGAACAUUCGUAGACACAAGUGAUGCGCAUGGAAAUUCCCUGCAGCGCGCAUCCGUUCUUGGAAUCGACUACAACGAUCGAUGGCGCCGAAGGCGACGCGGUACCACGUUCGCGGUGCCGCCGAAAGAAGUAAGAGCAGGGAUGGACCUCGCGGUGGACGACGGCGUCGACGUCAUAUCGAUGUCCUUCAACAGCACGGUGCACGACGCCGUGACCGCUGUCUCACCGUGGCCAGGGCGUGUUGGUCAGCGACGCCGACCGCCGUGUCGUCACGAACAUCGUCAGCUCGACGCACCGCGUCGGAUCUUGAAGAUCUUGAAGCCUGACGUCAGCGCGCCGUGCGCGAACACGCUCGCGGUGGCGCCACACGGCGACGUGGAGUACACCGACACGCUGAUCAAGGUGGCCACGUCAUUGGCGGCAGCGCACGUCAGCGGCGUCACGGCGAUGGUCAAGAAGGCGCACCAGGAGUGGUCGCCCGCCGCGAUUAAAUCGGCGAUCGUCACAACAGCCGACCCGGUCGGACCCGGGGACGCCAUGGCCGGCGACGGCGCGGGCUACUUCGUGACGGGCGCCGGCGAGGUGAACCCCACGAAGGCCAUGGACCCGGGCCUCGUAUAUGACCUCACCGCCGGUGACUUCAUCCCGUAUCUAUGCGGCAUGGGCCUCGGCGAGGACAGGAUACGCAAAAUCGUCGAGCCGGCGCACGCCUCGUGCGCGGAGACCGGGGAGAUCGCGGCGAAGGACCUGAACUACCCUUCCAUCAUGAUCGUCACGGGCUACGACUUGCGGCGGGUGGAGGCGAAGCGGACGGUGACGAACGUGGGGGAGGCCGAGGAGACGUACAGCGCGGAGGUAUUCGCUCCGGGAGUCGACGUAGCGGUGAACCCGUCGACUCUGGCGUUCAGCGACAUUGGCCAGAAAAGGGACUUCGUUGUCACGGUCAAGAGGGAGGCGAACACGCCGACGAAAGCGGUGGUCGAGGGGGAGCUGAAGUGGGUGUCCGAGAAGCAUGCCGUGCGGAGCCCCAUGGUCAUCGUCGUUGGAGAAACUUCCGCGUCUUCUGCCGGUCAUUCUGCCGGUCACUCUUACAGUGCCGAUGUACCGGCAGGUAUCGAGAGUUAG